AUGCCCGGAGUUCUCACCCAAACCCUCGCCGUCAGCGACGGGCCCCUCACCUCCGAAAACGCCGCCCUCCUACGCCCCUCCGACCCCAAUCUCCCCCUCGACGAGCUCCGUGCCCGCUUCGACGCCGACGGCUACCUCUUCCUCAAACAAGUCCUCCCCCGCGAAGACGUCCUUGAAGCCCGUCGUCAAUACUUCUCCUACCUUGCCCCCACCGGCGUCCUCAAGACAGACAGCGACCCCGUCCACGGCAUCUUCAACCCAGACAAAACCCCCGACGACUUCCCCGGCAUUGGGGCUGGCGCGGCUGCUGGUAACGGCCGGCCGGGCGGGGAGAGCGCCGCGGAGUUCGUCGAUCGCGCCAUCGAGGCCCACUACAAGGACUGGUAUGCCGAGAAGCUGGUCCGGCAUCCGGCGCUGUAUGCCUUUAUUGCCAAGUUCACUGGGUGGGGGGACAAUACGUUGACGUUUAAGCGGACGCUGCUGAGGAAUAACAUCCCCGAGACGAAGCCCAUUGGGGUCCAUUAUGACCAAAUUUUUAUCAGACACGGGGAGCCCACGGCUGUGACGGCUUGGGUGCCGAUUGGGGAUAUCAAGUUGAGUGGUGGAGGGUUGAUUUACUUGGAGGAUAGUGAUGUUGUGGGCCAGAAGAUUGAGAAUGAGUUCACAGCCAAGGCCCUGGCAGCGGGCAUGACGGAGGAAGAGGCUAAAUAUGCCUUCAAUUCGAAUAUGAUGUCCACGGGCAUGUUGUCGGAGAAUCCGGCCGAGUUUGCCAAGGAGAAUGGCCGGCGUUGGUUGGUUGCGGAAUACGAGGCGGGGGAUGUGGUGCUGCAUAAGCCUCACAUGAUUCACGCGUCGACGGUGAACAAUGACCCGGAUAGAGUGAUUCGGUUGGCGACGGAUCUGCGGUUUGCAGACUCAUCCCGGCCGUAUGAUAAGAGAUGGAUGAACUUUUACCGAUUUAAUGACGAUCCUAAACCCUUGGUCAGCUACCACACUUCCAGUGCAGAACGAUACCUACUGCUGAUCAUCACAGAAUCCUCCUGUCCACCCACCACCCUGUUCAAUGCACUAACCCUUGAAUUAGUCUCUCUCCAUGACACUGGACAAAAGCAACAAGCAGCCUACCGUAUUCCGACAGGCAAGAUUGGCAAUGCUAUCCCCGCCACGGAUCUGGCACGAGGUGGAAUUGCUCAGCAUGAUUUCCAUGAGGGCAGCCAGGGCGGGCAGACCCAAGCCGAGGCAGGAGUAGAGGGUGACUAG